AUGGCCAACUCGGCGUCGGCUUGGUAUCAAGUUGAUGGCGACGACGCACUCCCCGAGCAGCCUAUCACCAAAGACGGGGAGCCAACAGGUUCAUCCUGCAGAACGAAGAGCGGCGAGCUCUUCGUCGAUGACGACUUUCCUGCAGCUGCCACCUCCAUCCAUGGUCGCGUAGAGGAGGGCGCCUCCGACGUGCCGCAGUGCCGCUGCCGCCUGCCGGCACACCGCUCCACAAUGCAGAAAGGCUCCAGCAGAUCGCGGCUCUUCUGGCACUGUGGAAGGCAGAAUGGCUGCAACUUCUUCAGGUGGGUUACGCAUCUCGAGCGCCUUUCCUCGCAAGUCUGGUGGCAGCGCCUGGAGAAUUUCUCUCUCGUCCAGGACACUGGAUUUCGGGCGGAUGACUUGCUUCAGGGUGCCGUCGGAGACUGCUGGUUCCUCUCGGCCCUAGCAGUAAUCGCAGAGAGGCCAGACCUGAUCCUGAGACUCUUCCGGGGCGAGACGACGACCCAGCGAUCUGGCCGCUACGAAGUGCAGCUUUUCUUGGAGGGCAAGUGGUCCACCGUGGUUGUUGAUGACCAGCUCCCCUGCAUCGGCUCCGCAGCGCAGCGUCGACCAGACGGCAGCGGGCUCGCCUUCAGCCGCGCGAAGGACAGGCAACUGUGGGUUCCUCUGGUGGAGAAAGCCUACGCCAAGGCUCAUGGAUCCUACAAGGCGAUCAGCGGAGGGUCUGUGGCCGAGGCCUUGCUGGAUCUAACUGGCGCACCCUGUGAAAGUAUCGACCUCGAGGACCUGGACAGGUCACCUGGAGAGCUCUGGGAGCAGCUCGUCGGCUACCACCUGUCUGGCUUGCCCAUGGGCUGCGGCACUGCGGGGCACCCUGAGUUGGCGGAGGUGGGUUUGGUAGGCUACCACGCGCGCCUCGGCACUGUCUUCGUGGGAGAUAGAGGUACAGCAUCCUCGAUCUGA